GGAGUUAAAUUCUUCGGGACUUUUGUUGGCUGCAGUGCAGACAGGGGGCGAAGUUAUUGGUCGUCUAGGUGGCGAACUGAAGAAGUUUCCUUCUUAAACUUGACGUAGUUCAAACAAAACCACUAUGACUUCGACGAACAUGUUUCAAGGAUUGGAUAGUGGUGGAAAACCAAGUUCCAGGGUGCUGCAGCCUCCCGGUGGCGGCUCCAGUAACCUUUUUGGUGGCUACGAAGAGGAUAGCACUCCAUCGAGACGGUCCAAUAAGAUGGCCUCUAAAGUUUUUGCCUCACCAGAGGAGCCCCAAAACGUAUCAAGACGCUCCAACCCUCCAGGUGGGAAGAGCAGCGGGAUAUUCGGGGAACCCGAAGCACCAUCUCAGCCCCAGAGACCAGUACCUCCAGGUGGAGCCUCCAGCAGCAUAUUUGGGUCUGCAGAAAGCACACCUGUUGUAAGCCCCAGCCGAAGCCACCCAAACAAGCCAAAGGACAAUCUAAGUGUGGGACCUGAGCCUGAAUCACCAGCACCUGAAGCCAAAGUGAGCCAGCCAGCAGUGAAAGAGGAGGUCGCCCCCCCUGCGCCUGCGCCUGCUCCAGCUCCAGCUCCAGCUCCAACUAAGGAAGAGCCUCCAGUCGUCUCGGCCAGUCCGGAUCCCGAACCUGCUGCAGCGGCUCCUGACGAGACGAUGCUGAAGAACCACGAGCCUCACCUGGGGCCCAAGCCUCGCUCUCACAACAGGGUCCUCAAUCCCCCCGGAGGAAAGUCCAGCGUGGUUUUCUACUGAUGAUCACACACACACACACACACCGCUUCUCCCAGUCUGUUCAUCGUCUGCUUCCCUGUUGAUCCUCUCUCAUUCCUGUUCUGGACCUCCAGCGGUUAAUUCAUCUGUACAGUACACAAGCUGCCUGUAGAUCUCUUUGUUGGUGCUGUUGUCCACAUCAGAUUUCUCAUUUCUAGUUGUUUUUCAACUUUUUUUGCACUUUUCACUCUUUGUCUCAGUCCUGUCUUUUAGACUCUUCAUCCUUCCUCCUCCUCCUCCUCCUCACUGAAUCCUGCAAUGAUACAAUCACACACAAGUCAAUCAGCUAGCUAGUUAUUUCCCAAUCACCAUGACUAACAGUGUUCAAGCUCAGUUGUGCGGUUAUUCUUGUUGUUUGUAGAUUGGAUGAAAGCAAAUUUUCAAAAUUGAAUAGAGAAUUUUUAUUUUUAACCUCAAUGGACCUGGAUUUAUAUUGUGGAGCCGAUACUGAUUAAUAAACCUAAUAUGUUGCCUUUUAGUCAGGAGAGAGAAAUAGAUUUGUUUUGGGUUUUUUUCAUACCAAAGUUUUGUGCAAAAUGUUUCAAGAGAUUUGGCAUCCUUUCAAUAUUUUUGACCUGUCAGAUCCUUACGGUUUUUAGCGUUUAAAUGUGUAAUUAGACACCUUAUUAGCUUAGCAUUUGUCAUCUUUUUUUUUCUAUUUACUAUUGCCUAACAUGUAGACAAAAAUGACAUUAAAAUGCAAUCUGCACGGGUGCCAAAAAAAACACCAUCAAGCAAAUAUGAAUCCUAAGAUUGACUUUUAAACGUUUCCUCAAAGUAAAUUCCAUUUUGAUUUUAUGUGAAUGUACUGUGCGGGUCCCUUCUCUGCUCUGUCCUCGUUGCUUGCGUUAUCUGAGAACAUGCCUUUCCUUUUGCUUAGGGGGUCAGCCUCUGUUUAUGUUUUAAAUUAAAACGGCUGAAGACGUGUGAACUCUAAACAAGCUCGCAGCCCACCUGAGUGCAGGUGGGCUCCUCUGAUCGCCUUUUUCAUCCACAUCAUUAAGCACAGACGAGUUAUUCCGAUGCCAGCCUGUCCCCUCUCUGUUUGAUGUGCCGAGCAGUAAAUGAGUGCAGCAGAAGAAAGGAGUCCUGUGUAUUGAAAUAAAACUUUUGUUUUGCA